CUAUUGUAGUGUAGUAGUCCAGUUUGUUCCCGAAUGUUGAUUGGCUGCUAGCCAACCCAGGGCUACAGCUGACUAAAAACAUCAACAAAAGUCCAAUGUUUUGAAAAAUCGACUUAAAGCAACUUUUGCGCCCGUUUAUUUCUUUAUCAUCGUAAAUCCAUAACGUUUUUAAAUUUGCUUCUGAGCAGGAUAUAUCUAGGGAUCUUAAUAUGAUGACUUUAUUGCUUUAAUGUAGAAACUUCAAAGCUGAAUCUAGACGUUUGUGAAAUAAAAGUGAAGUCUAGAUCUAGAAUGUAUUAUACAUUUCCGUGUAGGCUAAGUUGACCUAGAUCUAGAUCGCUGAAUUUUUACUAUGUAUUUGGAUUUGAAGGGCGACGCCUUCUUACUAUAAAUACACGGAGAAAACAUGGGCUUGUUUAAAAUCAAAGCUAAUGUGUUCUCUUUGAUCUUCAGUUUUUAAUAAGGCAUUUAAAGUCACAUUUGUCGGCAUUUAAUAUACAAAAUCAUGUGCUUCCCGAAGAAUGAAAGAAUGGCUCUGACACAAUCUGUAGCUGAAAAAUUACAGUGCAUGGCACAGAGACAAAAGUGUUUCAUCAACAAACAAAAUCUAAAAGAGUUGAGCAAGGAUGAGUUUGAACAGUACAUGAACAUAAGAACUGCCUGCUUCCACUUCAUUAAGCUGCCACACAAUCACUUCCACACUGGUUCCGAUACAUUCGCUGCAGCGAUCAACAUUCUCGAUGUUUUCCUUUGGAAGGUCAAGGUAACAGAGAGGCACUUGACUAUUGUUGCUGUUGCCUGUUUCUUGAUUGCUGCCAAAAUGUUUGAACCUGAAGAAUUGUGUCCAAGUGCCAAGGACUUGUCCAGAAACUUUGAGUGGACAACCAAAGACUUGUGUCGUAUGGAGAGCCACAUCUUGAGCAAGUUUGGCUGGUGCUCUAGCACAGUGUCAUACCUCGACUUUGUAUCUCUGUUUGCUGACAUCUAUGGGAUGAGUACUGACGCUACCAGUCAUAAAAUAACAGAACUAGCACAGCAGUGUCUGGCCAAGCAAUCCACUGUUCUCUUGGAGCCGGCUGUACUUGCAUUGUCUCUGAUCCAUCAUUUUAAAACUGAAAACUGUACAAGUCCAUCUGAGCAACAACUUCUUGUAUAUUGCAAUAUUCAGGAGCAGAGCUUGAAAGAAUGUUGUGAGAGUUUGUCCACCAUUGCAGCAUCAUCUCCAUUCUGUGCCUCUAAAGUCAAGCCAAAACUGCCCCAAAGAAGAUUUGACAAACCCAGUGAAAUGGGGAUAACUUGCCUGUCUACCAUUGAAGAAGACAUGUCUGCUUGAUAGAUAUUACCAUCUUUUAAUAGCUCAUACCACAGGUUUUUAAAUUGUGUUUUUAUUAGUUUAUGUUUUAGUCCCUUUUAAUAUCAUCAAAUUUAAGAUGAGAAAAAAAUAAUGCAAAUAUAUAUAUAUUUUUUAAAAUUCUUUCUAGGCUGAUAAAUUAUUGUUCCCAGAAAAAUAAAACUCCCAACUUUAUUUUCUAUUAAUUAUCAUCAAAGAACCUUUGAAAUAAAUAUGUAUAUCAGAUAGGAAUAUUGUAAUGAAAUUUUUUAUUUUAUCUUUUAGAGAUACCUAUUCACUAUUUUUUGUAAACCAUAAAGAUUUCUGAUUAUGGUUUUACUUGAAGUUGAAGUCUAACAAGAAACUAAAUCAUUGCAGUAGAAACUAUAAAAGCAAAAUUGAGUUGUAGCCCUUUAGUAUUUGGAUUUUCCAUCAACAUAAACUUUACCUUAUAAACAGACCCUUCCCUAUCAACGCUAUAUCUGUAAAUUCCAUUUAAUUUAUUGAUUUUGUUCUUGUAAAUGUCAUGCUAUUUAUUAUCUUCUAUCUCGCUAUAACACUUGGGAGAUUCUGAAGGUUUUGUUUUUUUUUGUAAAUGUGUACAUUCACUUUGUGUAUUGUAGAAUUUAAAUUGAUUUAUGUAAUUAAUUCUUAUGGGUUGUUUGUUAUACAAAUGUAACAACAGUCUAAUAACAAUAUAUUUUGUUUUGCUUGUCCAAAAUUGUCUCCUUAAUAUGUAAAAAAAAAUAAUUGAUGAGAUGAACUCCUAAAGGGCCCGAUGGAGAGAAAAUUGUGAUGAUGCAAUAAAUAUGGAAGAUUACCCAAGUCUUCUGUAUUUGUGGUGCUUUUAAUUUGGUUGUAUUGGAAAAGUUAAUUUGACAGAAAACAAAUUCCAAAAUGCACAAGUUUAUGUCAUAAAAAAGAAAUAUAGAAAUAAGCUAAUCCUUGGUUAAAUUACUGUUUACAAUAUGUUACUAGUUAAAAAUGUGGCUAUUUAGAUUUUUAUUCUAGUUUGUUUCUCAUCAUUACCAUUUUGUCUUGUACUAUCAAGAGGUUCUACCCUAACCUUAAUACUCAGCCAAUGCAAUGAGUGAAACUGUUUCAUGUCAUAAACAUCAUUUGUUUAAUUUUUUUACUCGUGAGUGUUUUUGUUAUUUCUUUAUCCCAUGUUCCUACAAUCAAGGCAGCAAAGAAAAUUGUGUGCACGAGUUUUAGUUUGAUAACAACAUGACUGACCACUGACCUAAUGAAAUGAACUAAGACAUUAAAUAACUUGUGAUAUAAAAAGGACAAAUAUGAGACAAUGAGCUAUAAUCUGCUGACCUUUACCCUCUACUUUGGUGAAAAAAUGUCUGUCAAAUACUUUAUUAACAAUAGAUAUUAGGGGGAAAAAAUGAGAAUAAAGCAUCAAAAUUGAUUCAGGCAUUUUGGAUAGAUUGGGAGGAUUGAUAGUAGCCUCUUUUUAAAAGGUAUUGAGAACAACCAUUUUUGUACUAUUUUCUAUGAUUGUUUUGUGUACUUGUCUCAGUCUUUUAAGUAGUCUUACUUCAUGGGAGUCAAUAUUUGUAUAUACAUUUUUUUGUUUCUUUUUUACAUUUUUAUAUCAAGAUGAAUAGAAGAGCUUAGGACACAGUAAUGGACUGAGCCUAUGAAACAGAUUUUAUAGAUUUUUUAAACAAUCAAUUCCCUCAUCUUUCAGUAUUGACUCAUAUUUUGUAUAGGACUUAAUGAUAUUUACAGUGUCCUGGGAUUAUGCAAUUUUACAUUUCUAUGUGCUUUUAUGGAGAGUAUUUACUGAAAAUAUUUACAUGUUUAUCCCCUAAUCAUUGUACUUUGUCAUUGUCAUUAGAAACAUUAAUCACAAUAGUUAUUCACACUAACCAACCAAAUCAUUAUUUUAAUCAGUCACUUAACUAUACUCUUGGCAUCAUAAUGUACAUGUGUGGACAUAGAAUGAGAUGUACAGUGUCUUCUGUAAGGCAGUAAAACAGUGUAUAUUUUGUAAAGUUUGUAUCAUACAAAUGUUUGAAUCAAAUGCUAAUUUAAAAAAAUCCUUGUAAAAAAAAAACCCAACCUGUUGUCCAUCUGAAGCAAUCUCAUCUUGACUCAAUAUGUUCCAAUGUUAGCCAUUUUGAAUUGAUGCAGUCCCAAUGGUGAUUCCAGUUUAUUAUUUAAAUCUUUUAUAAAGACAGAAAGUGACACUUCUACUGCUGGUUUAAUUAUUCUAUUAAUUUGAAAAAUAAGUCUAAAAAUUUCUCUCCAUGACUUUUGGUCAGGAAAUGUGUUUCUCAGCUAUUUUCCUACCAAGGGCGCAGUCCAUUAUAUUUAUAUAUUUAAUUCACCAUUUUUUGUCAUUAAAUACUUGGUCCCUAGUGCUGCCUAUAUAUAUGUAAUAUGUAUGCAUCAUUCAAUGUUUUACCUUGUAGAGCUAGAUACUUUUGAUUUCCUCUAUCUUCUUUGGUCUUUUCUUCAUUAAUUCCUCUUUCAAAACACAGUACACCAUCACCAAAAUGUUUCUGAGUGCCUCCAUUAGGGCUGCUAACUGCCCCAAUUAGGGCUUCUGAAUGCCCUCAAAAGUUUGUAUAACUCAGGUUGUAAAAUUCUUUAUUAUGCUAUAAAGCAUUUUUAAUAUAACAUGCUUAUGAAAUGGUCCAAAUCUCAAGAACCAGAAUUCUGUGGUAUCUACUUUUGUAUGCUUGUUCCCCUUUUCUUAUAUAGUAUCCAAAAUAAUGAAGCAUAAUAUGUGUAUAUUUUGUGUACAAAUGCUCUUAAUAUGUGUAGAUGUUUUGCUGGUGUGAAUGAAAGCUAUCCAACAAUUAGUCAAAAGCUAUUAUUGGAUAUUUUAGAAGGGAAUUUAUUUUGUACCAAUCUAAUAAUUGGAAACAAAUGUUAAUGUACAGUGUAAUGUCUCGUUUGUAUUAGUAGAUGGUAUUACUGCAACAAAAAAUGUCUAGACUUGGUCAAAUUUUCUAAUAAUAAUAAUAAAAUGCUCUACAAAUCAUCUCAACAUUUCUAGGAGAAUCACUAAUUUUUAUUAAAAACCUUCCACCAGAACAGCUUAAAGUAUGAUACAAGUUUUAGAAUUUUGAAAAUAUAUAAUAUCACUUACAACUAAUGCUUAAUUUAAAACAAACAACUUUAGUGAGGUAGGAUUUAUUUUAAAACAUUUAGUAUCUGAAGCUUAAAAACAUUGUAAACUGAUUUCAAUUUCAUAAUUUGUUGCAACAUUUUAUUUGUGCAAUGUUUAAUUUGCAGUUUUUGUGAUAUAUACGUCUCUAAUAUUUGGUGUAAAAAAGAAUUGAAUAAAUGCAAACUGUUUUGUUCCCUGUGCCAUUUAUACCUGUGUAUUUAUAUGUUGGCUUAUUUUAACUGAUGCAUUUCAUUUAAACAAAAAAAACAAGAUUCUGCAAUAUUUAAGUAUGUUUCACCAGACUUGUAUUAUGAUAUCACAUUAAAUCUCAUGAAUAUUAUGUCAUAGUGACAUUAAGUUUGAUAGUUUUGUCACUGACUUCUAGUUUGUUCGUUUUUUUAACUACAACAGACUUUGUAUUAUGUAUGCUCACACUUGAUUAGAUUUUUAAUUAUCUUAUUUUGAAACAUAUUUAUAUAUGUGAUAAAUAUAAGCAUUAAAAAUAAUAACCUGUGGCACAA